ACGCGUUUUCCUGAAGGAAAAUGGCUACCAGCUGUCAUUUAAUCGAAAAGUGUAACUUGUAAAGUUAGUAUAGGAUUGUGUGAAAAAUUAUUUAACGUGUAUAAGAUUGCUUGGCGUGAUGCAAUUACAUAACGUUGAAAUCGUUUAAUUGAUCGACGCCACUUUUCAUAUCCAUGCAGAACCCGUGAAACUUCUACAGUGCCAUGAAAUUUUAUUCCAAUUUACUGUUUACAGUUUUUAUUUUUUGCGAAACAUAUCAGGACUAACAAGUCAGCGCUAUUUCUCCAUUUUAUAAAUAAUUUAAUCAUUUUAAUAAUCAUUUUAUAAUUAUUACUGAAAAUUUAACUGCGCUAUAAAAGAUUACAAAUUUUUUGAUCUUACAUCAUUAUUUUUGGAGCACAUUAAUUAAAAAUACGAAAAUCAGCAUGGGUUCGAGUCAACAAUUUUCUCUUAGGUGGAAUAAUUAUUUAAAACAUAUUACUUGUGCUUUUGAUACAUUAAGAACAGAAGAAGAUCUUGUUGAUGUAACUUUAAGUUGUGAGGGAAAAAGAAUAAGAGCACACAAAAUGCUUUUAUCUGCAUGUAGUACAUAUUUCAGAGAUUUAUUUAAGGAAAAUCCAUGUCAGCAUCCUGUUAUAAUAUUUCGUAAUGUAAAAUUUGAUGAUUUGGCUGCACUAGUUGAUUUUAUGUAUCAAGGUGAAGUAAAUGUGGUUCAAGAGCAAUUAGCUAGUUUUUUAACAACUGCUGAACUACUUGCUGUUCAAGGUCUUACAGAUGGUACAGGAAAAGAUAAUGAUAGUUUAGUAGAGGAUGACAUAGAAAUUCCUAAUGAACCUGAAAUUCAACUUCAAAAUGCUUCUAGUAAAACUGUAACAGAUAAAAGAAAUAAAUCACCUUCAUCUCCAAUGCCUUAUCACGCUGUCGAUUUACAACCUGAUGCUCCGCCGACUAAAAGACGAAAAUGUAGAGAAAAUGCAAAUACAAAUGCAGAUAAGACUAUAAGUAAUGCUUUAUCUGCAAAAGAUUCUGAAAAUAAGACUUCAGAAAAUCAAUCAACAACUGGUUCAGAUCCUGUUGAAAUAAUUCCUCUAAUGCCAAAUUUAAAAUUGGAAAUGCCUGAAUAUCUAGUACAAGAUGGAAGUAGCUGUAGUUAUGAAGAACAGAGUUUAGGAGACAGUUCGCUAAAUAAAAUUGGUAUAGAAGAUACAUCAUCUAAUACUCCUGAUCAUGAUCAGAAGCCUGAUAUCACUCAAACAUUUUAUUCAAGUAACCAAUCUACUUCAGAUAGUUUGGAUCUUAAACAUCAAACAGCUGAUGUUGGACACUUGCUUUCAAAACCUAGUACUUCUGGAGAAAGAUUAACGCAAGAAGCAGUACAGGAUUCUCGUACGGUGGUCAUCGAACAGCCGUCGCAUUCGUGCAAACUCUGCGGUAAAACGUUUUGGAAUCGGGACUCGAUGUACAAACACAUGAACAUGCACAAAGGGACGACUCAGUGUCCGGUGUGCCAUAAAGUGCUGAGCCGCACGACACACAUGAAGCGACAUUUAAAAAAUCGGCACGGUUGGCUAGGCGUGGGGACGACCGCCGCAGCCGCCGCAACUGCAGUUGCGAACGCCGCCGCAGCAGCAGCAGCAGCAGCCGCAGCCGCAGCCGCAGCCGCCGCCGGGAAUGGAGCUGGGACAGGAGGAACCGCAUCCACCAACGCCGUCCCUGGUGUCGUCCCCGUUGUAUCCGCUGUCAGCGGCGCCUCCACGCCACCUGACGCCUCUGUCACCACGCCUCUGCCACAGCCUAUUUCCGUCUCUUCCACUGCGAUCGCCCACCAAAACGUCGGAAGUCCCACCGCUGGUCUCGAGCCUAACGCCACCUAUACCACUAUACGCAUCAGAGAGAGCAGCGUCGAGAGAAUCACGUCUAGUCCUAUUCCUUAGUGCGAACAUAUCCUGCCCAACUCGUACACCCGUCGACGUAAGAGAGGAUAAAUCAUCCUUUCCCCGUUUCUUUUUUUUCUUCUUCUCUCCCUCCCCCUUCUUUCCUUGCUUUUUUUUUCUUCAUUCGUUCACUUCUCUCCUCGUGUACGCGUAUCGUUUUCGAUCCAAGAUCGGAAAGAUUUUUACAUAUAUAUAUAUAUGUAUAUGUGAUAUGUAUGUAUAUGUAUAUAUAUGUAAGGUUAGGUUAUUAGGAACGUAUCUUUGCUCGAUUGAAAAUGAAUUAACGAAUAUGGUGGUGAUCAACGAAAUGCGAUGUAAAUAAUGUAAGCGAAUGAGAUCGAGUUCGUUCGAGAGAAUACCGGGACAAGUUUAUUUUUUUUUUUUUUUUUAUUCACAAGUAAUAAUUUUUCUCAUCUCGGAAACGCGAUGCGUAAAAUAUCUCUCUAGUCGUCGACGGGAAGCCUGUUAAAGAGACGCCUGUCUUACACUUUUCACCCUAGUCAUUUAUACACAUAUAUGUGUAUACGUUCGAGUUAAUGUGUAUCUAUCUGUAUAUGCAUAUACGAAAGAGGAGAAGAUGUGUAGAGAAGAGAAGAGAGAAGAAUGGAAGAAGGAAGAGAGAAAGAAAAAAAAAGAAAAGGAGUAGAUUUCGCGUGCGAAUUAUGAUUACCAGGAGGAGAAUAAACCUAUAUUAUUAACCUUUUUUAUAACCAAAGACAUGCUAUAGGAAAGAAAGAAAAAGGCAAAUUAUUUUAUCUAGUCAAAUGAGUUCGGUACUUAAUAGCUUGUAAGGAGGAAUGUGCAUCUUUCUUUGUACGAUCGAUCAAGAGUAUACAUAAUGUUCGCGUGCUAUCCUGAAAGUAGUAGAUCAAUUGUGAGA